GCUUGGAGGGGCAAGAGGGGCCAAUUUGAGGUAAAAAUUGGCAUGGCCGACCGUUAAUAGAAAGAGGAUGAAAAUAUAGAAGUGUGAUAAAGUUAUUGUGAUUUGUGACAUUUUUAUGAUAUUGAAAUAAUCAGUUAAACAGAUGAAAGUAGUGAAUCGUAUUGUGAUAUCGGUGGAGUUUAAAGAAUAUUCUGUGUGGACAGGUAGUUUUAGCGGUUAAACUGAAAUCAUGAAAAGGAGAAGAAACUACUUUGACCCAGGAAGAUAUCUAUAAUCUUAACUCAUAAGUGUAAACAUGAAGUGUGUUAUAUUGAUUUCUAAUUAAUUGAGGUGCUGAACUUAAUUUUUAAAAAUGUCUUUUUUCAACAAUAUCAAAAAAGUGCUCCACUUUGGUGGAAACGACGCAAAAAAGAAAAAAGUAUACAACAAUGUGCGUAUGGAUGCAGAUCCAGAAGAAUUCUGGGAUAUGAUUGGUGAACUGGGUGAUGGUGCUUAUGGUAAAGUCUAUAAGGCCCAACACAAACACACAGGACAUUUGGCAGCUGCCAAAAUGUGCAGAUUGGAUGAAGAGGAUGAUCUCUCCGACUUCAUGGUGGAAAUCGAUAUAUUAACAGAAUUCAAGCAUCCAAAUGUUGUGGAGCUACAUGAAGCUUUUCAGAAGGACCAACAAUUGUGGUUAUUAAUUGAGUAUUGUGAUGGUGGAGCAUUGGACAGUAUUAUGACUGAGUUAGAGAAACCCUUAAAUGAAUUACAAAUUGCCUAUGUGUGCCAAAAUAUGUGCAAAGGUUUGCAGUUCCUUCACAGAUCACAUGUCAUCCAUAGGGACUUGAAGGCUGGAAAUGUUCUACUUACUAUGUCUGGAGGGGUUAAAUUGGCCGAUUUUGGCGUGUCUGCCAAAAACAAGAACACGCUGCAGAAGCACGACACGUUCAUCGGCACCCCGUAUUGGAUGGCGCCCGAGGUUGUUUUGUGCGAAACGUUUCGCGACAAUCCCUACGACUACAAAGUCGACAUCUGGUCGAUGGGCAUCACUCUGAUUGAGCUGGCUCAAACGGAACCGCCUAAUCACGAAAUGUCCCCUCUAAGAGUCCUACUUAAAAUUCAAAAAUCCGAACCUCCCAAGCUAGAACAGCCCUCCAAAUGGUCUAAGGAAUUUAUCGACUUCAUAGCAAAAGCUUUAAUAAAAGACCCGCAAAGGCGACCGACCUGUGAUGAUCUACUUAAGCAUCCCUUUAUAAAUUGUACGUUAGAUUCAAAACCGAUUCGAGAUCUGCUUCUAGAGUAUAAGGCUGAAGUUGUGGAAGAAGAAUUGACUGACGACGACCCAGAGGACAAUCGCACCUCUCAAGCUCCUCUGGACAUAGAAGAUGACUCUACUUCAGUUAGGAGCAAUGAAGUUGAUAGCAAGGCAAGUGAACCUGAAAGGUUAAGUUUAGAAAAAGAUGACACUAUUAAACCCAAGCCUUCAACUGACGAAACUACAGAACCCCUAAGUGGAACAGAAGAGAAAAAGGUUGAGAAGAAAGAGGAGGUGCAUAGAAAAACGUCGCGUGACAAAGGACCGGCUCCUCUGCCGCCGUUGCAGACCCAACUGUCGAGCGGUUCAAAUGAAAAAGAAAAAGGUCCGGCGCCACCGCCACCGGUGGUCGCCGCCGCCGUAGUUGUCCCCGCGCUUCCCACGCCGCCAUCCUCACCGAUUAGUCCGCCGCCGACGCCGCCUCAACAAUCUAGUCCGAAACCUGCCGCGCUCGAAAAGAAACAAGAGGAAAAACCGCGGGACGCGACGGACGAAGUGAGAUCCUCAUCCAGGAUAAGGGAGAUCAAGCAGGCUUUGGAAAAGCAAUUGACGAGGCAAAAUUCGACCGAAGAAAAGGAAAGUGUGACAAUAAGCUCAUCGCAUACUACGACGCCCGAAGAAAGCUUGAGUUUGAUUGUUGUGUCGACGCCAACUGCCGAAAGACAGACUAAACUAAAUACGUCCACGAUUACGAUCAAUUCCGAUCCUGGUGAUCCGUCAAAUAGUCUUGCAUCCAACAUAAGUCAGGUGACUGUGGUAACAACGCAUCCACCAGUCUUAAUCGAUAACACGCAGUGCUUGUCCAGAACCUCGUCCGCAUCACCGUCAAACAACAGUGCGAACGAAGUGGUCAUUCUUUCGAACUCCACCAACAAAACGCAUUUGGAAUCGUCCGAUGAUGAGUUCUGUCCGUCUCCGGAUUCCCUCGACUAUCCGCCUCCAAGCGAGUUCCGCGACAAUCCGCCGAAAGUCAAGAAACUCGACGAAAGCGAAGUGCUAAUCGUCGAUUCGAAUCCGCCGUACGUCGUCAACGACUCCGGGUUGGACAUAUCGGACGACAAUUCCGGAUUACUGGACACCAGUCACGUAUCUGUAGUGAAAAUUGGCGCGGAAAAGGUGCAAGUAAAGGACUCUACGUCAUACAACUUCCGCAGUUCCACCAGCGAUCUAUCGAACACCUCCUCGGGUAAAAGUGGCAGCACAAAGAGCGAUUUCGGAGACGAAAUCAGAGGCAACAUGAUCAUUUUGGACUCUGUCCAGGAUAACUUUAACAACAAACACAAAACGAAUGGCCAAGUGAUACAUUCCGGAGGUAGCGGAGAGGAAAUAUGCAGGAAGAGCCUUAAUGGUAAGAUUUAUCCGGAUAGCUUUGAAUCGGCGAUGUCUGAUAGAUCGCACAGCGAUUGCGGCUCGGUGCGCAGUACGGAUUCACACAGGAGGCCGCGUUCGGGCGCCAAAAGCGUCGAGCAGCAAUCCGAUGUGGAAAGCAUAUCGAUCGCGAGCCACGAGAGCCACGGCAGCACCGGCAAAACCACGAAGAACGAACUGGAAGAAACGGAAGAUAACGUUGUCGUGUUGCGCAAAGCCCCGAAAUCCAAAAUUGACGCAACAGCUGCCAUGAAUAGGAAAACCCGAAAACGCACAAGACGCUUCGAGAAGGACGGCAUAAUGAUUACGACAACGACAUACAAGGUCAUUUGCGACGAAGAAAACUACAACGGAACCGAUCGUAAAUUGGAAUUGCGGGAGCUGAAAUACCUGCAGAAGCAAGAACAAAAACAAUUUCAAGAUUUAACCAGCAAGGAGAGCAUCUCGCUCGACCAACAAGAAAGGAAAUUCGAACAAGAAAAACUUCAACUCGACAGGACGUUCGAAAACGAUUUGGAGAGCCUGAGCCGGCAACAGCGGCUACAAAUCGAACGGUCCGAGGCCCAACAAGACGGCGAUCUGCGUGCAACCUCGAAGAGAAUUCGCGCGGAUCAAGAACGCGAGCUGAAACAGUUCCGCGACACCCUGAAACAGGAGCUUCGAUUGCUCAAAGCCGAAGUGGACAUGUUGCCGAAAGAGCGACGAAAGAACGAGUUCAAGAUUCGCAAAGAGAAAAUGGAGCAGGAACACGCGGAAAAAGAGAAGGCGUUCGUCGACAAGCUCAACGAAACGCACGAGAGCACUUUGCGUCGGCUUAGCGACAGUCACAGAGAAAAGAUGGCGCUGAUGGAGCGGCAAUUCCUGCAGCAGAAACAACAGUUGACGAGAUCGCGCGAAGCUGCACUCUGGGAAAUCGAGGAGAAGCAAAUUCAUGAGAAGCAUCAACUGAUGAAGCGACAAAUCAAGGAGAUAUUUAUUCUACAAAGACAUCAAAUGCUUACAAGGCACGAAAAAGAAAAAGAGCAGAUUAAACGACGAGCGGUUAGAAAGGAAGAGGACUUGCUUAAGAAGCAAGCCACUGAACGAAGGUCGCUACCCAAGAGAAUCAGGCAGGAGAUGAAAGCCAGGGAACUUAUGUUUAGAGAAUCAUUGAGGAUUUCCGUGGCUGUUAGUAAUGAUCCUGAUGCUGAGAAGAACAAAUUCAAAGAGUUCCAAGAAAACGAGAAAAAGCGGUAUCAAGCCGAACAGCGAAGGUUCGAACUCAAGCAUCAAAGACAGUUAGAGGAGUUGAGAGCUUUAAGCGAUGCGACAAUCAAAGAAUUGGAACAGUUGCAAAAUGAAAAGCGGAAAAUGCUUUUGGAACACGAAACUUUAAAAUUAAAGCAACGCGACGAGGCUUUCACCAAGGAUUUGAGAGAGUGGAAGGCUAAACUUAAACCAAGAAAACAGAAGCUCGAAGAGGACGUGAAAAAAAUAAUGCACCGAGCGAAGUACCUGCGUAUACAAAUCGAACCGCCCGGCUCGUCUUCCACAGAUAACGAUAACGAGGAUUCCUUUCCCUAUUCCACCUCCUCUGUCCCCUCGAGUCCUUUUAUGUCCGACCGCCGUAAAACCUACGGCUGGGGACAUCAAAGAAACUGGAGCACCACAAUUUUGGCCCUUUCGCCUGAUUCUCAUCAAGAUUCCAACGCUUAGUUUUUCGUUUUGUUUUUUGUUUGUCCUCUCUCACUUUUUUGUUUUGUUGUUUAUUUCACUUGCACUCUUCCAUCCUGUAUUAUACACAAUACUGACUAACAGAAAUUGGAGGAAACUUUUGCGCUCCAACUGGAAGAGCAAGAACGGGUGUAUGGACCGGUGACCCCGUUGCCAUUGCCGGCAGAUCUUUCUGACUUGAGUCCGGAGCACUGCAGAAUCGGCAUGGGUUCGACCAGAAGCAGUUUGUCUUCUGUUUCAGAAGGUUGACAGGCCUCAACUGUUUAAAUGUGUGGUACAAGGAGUGCCCCAUGAUACAGGGCAAGUUAGUUUAUUUAAUGAAAACAACUAGUUAAAAGUGUACAUAAUAUUUACACAGACUGAAUAUGAUAAAGAUUAUUUAUAAGGAAAGUUAAGAAAAAAAUGUUUUUAAAAGAUGCAAUUUAGGUGACCUGAUCUACUUAAAAUAAUAACUUUGUAUUUGAUGAAAUGAGAUUUAUUAAAAAUAAAGUAAAUAUGUGUGAGUUGUUUGGUUGAAAAUACUUUUUAGUUGAAUAAGAAAUGUAUAUUUUGCGGAACUUUUACAUUUAUGUUUUUGUUAAUUUAUACAUAUUUACUUUGGUACUGUUAUAUGCAGUUUUAAAAACUUUAAAAUAUAGAAUCUCGUAAAAUUGCCUAAAUUUGUUAUCAUCAUACAGUGAAAUAUUUUGUUAGGUUGUAAGAUUAAGGUAUUAAUCAAAGCAUUUACAGACUGACUUGCAAGAUAUUGCUAAGUAUUGUAAUUGAGUUUGAACACUCAAUGUUUUUGAGUUGGUUUGUUUCCUUUAUACUGUUGUUCAAUCUUUAUGUUUCUUUACAAGGCAUUUUCUAUUAAAUAUUUGAAUUUUUGUUAUAUGGGGCAUUCCACAACAAAUCAGACACUUUUAAACUUAACCCUUUUGAUUUGAUAAAUUUUUUAUUUUAAAUGUACUUUUCAGAAAAAACAAACUAAAUAUUUAAAGUCAUAUUUAUUUAAUUUUUUUAGUAAAAAUAUGAAUUUUUUAAGUUGCUUUUUUUGAAAGAAAAUGUUUAUCAACUCUGCGUUUAUUGCCGCAAAUAUCAUAGUGGGCCAACUUUUCUUUCAUUUUUUUUUAGAAAAAUAAAAUAAAAAAACGAAUUUAAAUUUUUCUGAAAAGGGGUUGAUUUGGCGUGGAAUUUCCCGUUAACAAAAUUAAUGUAAUUUUAACUUUACUUAACCACUGAAUUAAUAUUAAUUAUGCAAUUUAAUUUAAUAUUAAUUAUGCUAUUUAAACAGUGCCUUGUUUAGUAAUAAUUAAAAAAUCAAAUAUAUCUUUUACCAGUAAAUAAUUUUUAAACCAGUCACUUUUUUUUAUGUUUAUACUUUCAAAAUUAAUCAUCAAUAUUUUUUAUAGCAACUUUUAAAGCACAUAUGUAGAUCUUGCUGGUAUACAGAGUGCACCAAGUAUCCUUCUAUAUACAGGUAUCUUUUUUGUAGAUCUACAAGGUCGGUUAAAUAAGACAAAAGUUGCGUAAUUACAAGUCUAUUAAAAUGGCAAUUAAAAACUUGAAAAAAGUUUCUCGAGUAAUUUAAAAAAAAAAACUAAAAACAUGUCAAAAUCAAAAACCGUUAUAACUUGGUUAUUCCAUGUAAACAUACAUUUAUCUACAUUUUUAUCCAAUUUUUAUUUUUUUUUUCACCUGCUAGAUUAUAAGAUACCACCACAUUUUGUUUUUCUUAUAAUUAUUGGUUAGAUGAAAAAAAAAUCAAGGAAUCCAAAAUGGUGAUGGUAACUCAAAAAAUUGCUUAGAAAUUGGAUAAAAAUGUAGUUUAAUAUGUUGUUAACAUGUAAAACUUUGUUUCAAAAUUCCCAGGAAUAACAAAGUUAUAAGGAUUUUUGGUUUUGAAAUGUUUUUAGUUUUUUUUUAAUAUUUUGAGAAUCUCUGGAUUUUUUCCAAUUUAUAAAUUUCAUGUUAAUAGGCUUGUAGUUAUUCAAAUUUUUUCUAACUUAACCGACCUUGUAACUUUUCAAAUAAAAAUAUAUAUAGUAUACACAUAAAAGGAUACUUGGUGCACGCUGUAUAUAAAUAUAUAUAUAUAUGGCGUAUGUUAUAUGAGCUAAAAAUAUAUUUGUACCGCUUAUUUUCCCAAAAAAAUCUAUUUUUUCAUAAAUAUAAGAAACCAGGCGUUUUUAUUAUUUAAUGUUUUUAAACCAAC